CACUUUUUAACUUGUGUUUAGGACACGGUGGAGGUAUUUAAAUAUAGAAUUGACGAUGACUUGGAGCUGCUUACGAUCGCUUCGCUUCAGGUGUCUCACAUCCAAAGUGGGCGUGUUCAUUCUCCUGCUGUGUGUGACGGGCAUCUGUGUGUUUUGGAGAGCAGAAACCCCAUCGUACCAACCGCCUCGGGAGGAGAGACACUGCGCCUGUGACCGAUGUUUACGUGAAAAUGGGACGUUGUUUCUGCAGCGUUUUGACAAAUUUGAUGAACCAUUUUUGUCAGCUAACCACAAUCUCUCAGAGGAGGCGUUCAACUGGUGGAGUGUGAGUUGUGACCGGUGCAGUUCAAGUCAGGAUCAGAAAGUUAACCACAACCAGGAAGAUGUAUUCAGGCGCUUACGGUCUAACAAUCCCACCUUCAGUUCCUACAUCGAAGUCGUGAAAAAGAUUUUUCAGAAGUUCCCAAAAACCCCUGAACUUGAACCACCCAGCCCCGACCGCUGCAGGACUUGUGCUCUGGUGGGGAAUUCUGCUAAUUUGAACGGAUCACAUUACGGACCUCUCAUAGAUUUCCAGGACUUCGUCAUAAGAAUUAACAACGCUCCUAUGAAAGGCUAUGAAAAAGAUGUUGGGACCAGAACAACUCAUCAUGUCAUGUAUCCAGAGAGUUCUGUGAAUUUAGAUGACACCACACAUCUGCUGCUGUUUGCAUUUAAGAUGCGCGAUCUUGUGUGGAUUACAAAGUACAUUAACUCGGGCAUAAGAAGAGGACGCACGUUCAACACGGACCUGAUGAGCAUCGUUAAUCCAGCUUUUAUUAAGUUUGUUCAUCAAGUGUGGCUCAAGAAGAAGGGCUAUUAUCCAUCCACUGGCUUCCUGGCUUUGAUUCUUACUCUGCAUCUUUGUGACGAGGUCCAUUUGUUCGGCUUUGGAGCCGACAGUGAGGGACAGUGGCGUCAUUACUGGGAAGAACUCAGAAACAAACUAUUUAAAACUGGAGUGCAUGCUGGAAAUGUAGAGUUUGCAAUGAUCAAGGAGCUUUCUCAGAAUCAAAUAAUCAAGUAUUAUGGGGGCUAUUGAUCAGCGUUUAACGUAUUUAAGCCUCGAUAGUGAAUCACAUCCAGAGCCUCUCUCCUCAGACUCACCAUCCUGCUGCACAGUUAACCCAACAGCUCUUCUGUUCUGCUGCCUCCAUGUUUUUACAUUACUGAAGUAGUGAGGUCAGGGGAAAUGAAUGUAAAGUUAAUUAAACAUUUUACAAAACACAGAGCAUCAAUUAUUUCCAGAAACGUUUACGUCUUUUCACUGUUUUUGAUGUCUUCAUGAAAAAUUGCCUUUAUAAAGUUCUUGGUAGUAGAAAUACAUGAAGCUACAUAGUUUAAACAGAACAUUUUAUUUUUGGACAUGAAAUAUACAUUUAAAUUCAUGAGCUGAAAAUUUUUAAGCAGUGGUGGAUUGCUAUUGAUGGUAGAAAUCUCUGUGUACUAUGUAUAUGAUAUAUAUUUAUAACUUCACGAAAAUGACAACAAUGUUCUUUAACUGAAGUAGACUAUAUGGAAAUAAAAUGCCAAAAUGUAUUCAUGUUUACGUGGAACAAAACAGGUUGGGGUUAUGGUGAAGUACACUCGACCUUAUUAAAUGUAAUGAAUUGAAUUAAUAACUAUG